UGUGUCCUAUGCUAUCGACACACCCGCUAACAUAGAUUAUCAUAUUAAUAUUUAACAUAUUUUGCUUAUGACAUUUAUUAUGCGUGCUCGCGUACUUUGUAGUUUACUAGUUUGUUCACACCGCGGCGGCGCCGCACGAACGACCGUAGAUACAUAUGUUAAUAUUAUGUAAUUAUAUCAUAUCUGUCAUGAUUCAAGAUCGCUGUGAUUAAACCCAAAAAUUUUCUUGAGUAUCCGAGAGGCCAGAGAACCCGACAGUUAAGCUCACCGCUCGGUCUACUGAUAUCUUCGGCUUUGAACAGUUUUAACUUUUUACCAUAGGUACUGAACAUAUUGUAGUAGGCAGACGGGCGCCACCGGUAAUUCGUUCCGGCGAAUUGAGAAAGCUAUUUUUUAUCUACCUUUAUAGAUUAUUGUUGUUGAGCCUAUUUGAUUUGACAACGACGAUAAUAAUAUCACAGAAUAUAACAAUAAUAUUAUUAUUAUUAUAUUUUUUAUUUACCAUUAAACUCUGUGUCUAUGCGCGCGCGCCCAGUAUAGUGUCCUUGCUUGUGUGUGUGUGUGUGUGUGCGUGUGCGUGUACGUACAUUAUACCUGUCUAUAUUAUAAUUUAUAGCAUAAUAUUAUAGUCAAUGUGCGGUGGGUAGUCAGUCGUGGUCGCCGUCUGGAGGCACGCGUCGCUCUAAUUACUUCCGACAUUGCGUCCUGGGAGUAUAAUAUUGACUAUUGAGUUACCACUGCGCAGUUGUCCGUGUGCCGGACUUUUCGCAGACAUGUCUUCCUCCGACGGACGACCGGAACUGGUCUCCGGCCAGCGAUGGGAGGCGCGCGCCAGGGUUGAUUUUCCGUUGCACUAUCUGAUAUGGUUGCGUGAACACAAGCUGCUGGAGGAGAAGCUGGACGCAAUCGGUUCCGAUCAACAGCCCGCCGUCAAGAGUCAACUAGAAAAACUAGAUCCCAGAGGUCGCACUCCUUUGAUGUUAGCCAUAACGUUAGGUGACAUAGAAUCAACUAGAUUAUUAAUAAUCAGAGGAGCUAAUGUCAAUGUAAAGAAUGAUGAAGGAUGGACUGCAUUACAAGAAGCAAUUGCUACUGGUGAUCCAGAAAUGGUUAAGCUUGUUAUGGAACACAGAGAUUAUCAACGUCAUUCAGAUCGAGCCACUGAUGUUUCAAAACUGUUAAAGCUACUUGAAGAAUCACCUGAUUUUUAUGUAGAGAUGAAAUGGGAAUUUAUUAGUUGGGUUCCAUUAGUGUCAAGAAUGUGCCCAAGUGAUACCUAUAAAAUAUUUAAACAGGGAUCUAAUGUACGAAUUGAUACCACAUUAUUAGGUUUUGACCAGGGUAAUUGGGAACGUGGAAAUUUGAGUUACAUAUUUUUGGGUCAAAGUAAAUCAGCUACAUUUUUAGAAGUAGAUCAUGAAGCUCACAGGGUAUACGUAGAAGAAAUACAAAUGAUACCUUUAGAUCAAGGUAUUGAAGUGAUGCGUCCAUCAGAUGAUACGAUAGCCAGCAGAUUGUCUGCUCCUAUUGUUAGUUUUGAUAUAGAUACUAAAAAAAUUAGUUUUGAAAGGAAUAAAAGUGGUAUUUGGGGUUGGCGGCAAGAUAAAUCAGAAAUAAUUAGUGAUUAUAAUUGUAAAGUAUUUAGUGCAAGUAAUGUGGAAUUCGUUACCAAAUCUAGAACAGAACAUAUGAAUGAAACUGAAAAAGCAAAAUUAAAUAAUACGAAAAAUCCCAUCCAAUCAAUUUUAGGCUCAAGUGAAGAAACAUGUCCAGUUAAUAAAUCAGAACUUGAAGUUACUAUGGCUGAAUAUUUUGACGAAUUGGUUGAUAUCAAAGGAAGAUAUAUACGGAAGCCAAUUGAGCAAACUACCAAAGUCACAAAAAUCAAGGCUAACUUAUGGCUUAGUGAAGAUUACCCUCUGAGUUUGAAAGAACAGAUCAUGCCAAUUGUUGAUUUAAUGGCGAUUACAAGUUCUCAUUUUGCCAAACUAAAAGAUUUCAUUGAAAUGCAGCUCCCAUCAGGAUUUCCAGUUAAAAUUGAAAUACCACUAUACCAUAUUUCCAAUGCCCAAAUUACAUUUGGUAACUUAUUUGGUACGGAUAAAGCUAUUGAAGGUGUUCAAACAUUAGACUCCGAUGGAAAAAUGUUCUGUGUAGUUGAAGAUUCUGUAUUUUUCCCUCCCAGAAGUUAUGUAGUCCUUGGGGCUGAACAAAGACGUCAAAUUGGUAUGGACAAUGAUGAAGAACUACUUCAAUUUGCUGUUCGGCAGAGUCUUUUAGAAACUGGAGCUGAAGAGGAUCAAGUUGAUAUUUGGGAAGCUUUACAAGUUCAACGAACAAAUACUCCCAAUGACCUCUAUUUUGAUCCAGCUGAUGAAGAAUUACAAAGAGCAAUCCAUGCAAGUUUGACUGAGAGUACAUUUGUGCCUGCUGUUUCACAAUCAGAAGCUCCGGAUUUAGUUGACAAUGCAAUGGCUGAUGAUGCAGAUGCAGAUCUUAAAGCAGUAUUGAGGUUGUCUAUUGAAGAAAAAAAGCAGGCUGAACUACAGGCACGAAUGGAAGAAGAGAUGUUAGAAAAAAUAUUACAACUAUCUCUGACCGAAAAAUAAUUUAUUUUUAUUAAUUAUUAUUUGUUAUAUUACUUCUUACCAAAAACUAAAAAUAAAAAUACUAAAUGAUAAUUGUAAGAUGGUGAAU